AAACAUAAACUUCUAAGCGACAGUCAAAAGUCUCACACUCCGGUGAAAAUUCAGCGAUUCACGCAUACAAGUGAUGGCAAGAAACUUAUCAUCAAUGACAUAACAAAGAUUUCUGUUCCCGAUCAAACCGAGUAUUCCUUCCAGUACUCCGUGGACACAGUGGCUACAUCACUUAUCCUUUCAGUUGCACAAAUUUUGAAUUCUUCUAGUGACUGGGAUAAAGUAACCAUUUGUGGAAAGAUCGUUCACAUGUGCGAUCAAGAACUUGCAGGUCGAAACAAACUGAGAUUGGCACGAGCCACCUUCGCAGAUACAACUGAGACAAUCGCAGUUGACCUUUGGGAAGAAAAUAUUGCAGUGAUCAAAAUUGGAACUGUCUACCGGAUUGCGCCAAUUCAGGUACGUGUUUGGAACGAAGCAAAAAAACUGUCAACCAUGCGCAGUUCAGUUGUUACACCUGUAACAGAUACAACAAUCUCUCAGCUUCAAAUUCCAGAAGAACAGUUGAAGUCCGGAAAUGAAACUGUGACAGUAACCGUAGCAAAUAUUCUCACAAUUGAGAAAGUAGAAAGAUUCAUUGCAUGCUUCAACUGUGCGAAAAGAAUUCUGCAAGGAACUUCCAGUAAUGUUGUACACUGUGAUUGGUGUGGACACACUAUGAGAAUUUCUAACUGUUCACAAUAUGUAUGUGCAAAACUAGUUUUAUAUGUCAAUGAUCGACAAAUCCAUUUAACUGCGUUUCAGGAUGUGCUAAGUAAUGUAAUUAAGGGAGACUUCGCUAAGUUUUCUGAGGCAGAGAUAGCAGAAAUGCUGCUACUCUUAAACAAUAUAACUGUCGAGUAUAAUGCGAACUCUCGAGUAGUAAAAGAACUGAAGGCAGUCUGUUAA